AAAAAAAAAAAAAAAAAAAAAAAGCAAAAAACAAAAACCCGAUAAUUCAACAAGAACUGAAAUGGAUUAAAUGAAGUGCAUGAUGAAGAAAAAAGGAUACCUUUGCGGGAAAAUCAGACGCGACUGAAGCUAGAGAAAGCAGAUAAAAUUCUUCUUUGGGGUUCGAUCACUUCACUAGCGACUGAAAAAUUUCAGCUUUCUGACGAAGAAGAAAUCCAUAGAAAGAAAUUGGAGAGGAGCGAAUUACUGAAUUAGGGCCGAGGUAGGGAAACGGCGUCGGUUGGUAAUUGAUAAUUGGGCUAAAAGGCAUGGCCCAAUAAAGAGCCCAGAUUGAUUUUAAUUUGUACUGCAGCCCGUUUUUACAUUAAGGGGAAAUCCACCGGCCGAAUUGAACACCGAAAGAUAGAGAAAGAUGGCUUCGAGGGUGGCGAUGCUGAGGAAUGCGGCGGCGAGCGGCAGCUUUGGCCUACGGAGGUGGGCUCACACAAUGGCCCAACCAUCACCGUUGCAGUCUUCUAUGGACGGCUGUAGCUCUGCAACGCCGCCGUUGGUGCUGCCGGAAUCGGAGACCAAUUAUGAUAAUUACAUCGGGUUUCAUUUACCAAGCUUCUCUUUGAUACAAGGGUCUAUGGAGCUAAUGGCUGUUCCUAAAAAGAAGGUUUCUCGUCACAAGAGAGGCAUAAGGAAUGGACCUAAGGCUCUGAAACCUGUGCCAGUAAUCAUCCGUUGCAGGGCAUGUGGUCGAGUCAAGCUGCCACAUUUCUUUUGUUGCAGCGGCAUUAAGCCAAAUCCCGGUGAAGAAGAUUGACUGAGAAGUUUAUUGGUAGCAUGUCUAGGUUUCUGAAGCAUGAAAAGGACUGUCAACCUUCAUAAUCUCCAUCUAGGGAAACAUAUCAAAUUAAUGGCCAAACUGGAACCUGGACCUGCUCAGAGUCUCUCGCUGCACGCUUUUAUCACGAUUCGUACCCAUGUGAAGCAUUGCCUUUAGUGUAUGGCAUCGAUAGUAAUAGAAUUAUCUGCUUCUCUUAUUAUCGUUCAAAUUAGAUUUUAUCGCUUAUGUAAUAACCACAACGACUGAAAUCUCUUGCUGAAGUUGAUAGUUUGUACUCUGUAGACAUUUGAGCAAUCAUGCAUUGGCAAUUGAGUACACCGUCUUAAGCAUACUCGACAAAAUGAUGGCCGUAAAAACUGCCGCUGCUCCUGAAUUCUGAACCAUGAAACAAAAGAAAGGAUCAUGGUUUCAUUAAGUGCAUCUUCCGAAUGAUUUACUGUCAUUAAUGUUCAUGGCUUCCAAACUAUUUUCAAUGAAGGGAUUUGAACUCCAUUAUCAAUUUCAUUACUUUUGAGGGACACAGAG